ACAGCUGUUACAGGGAAAAAAUUGGGCGGAGGGUUUAGAUGGGAUCUCUGUGUGGUUACAUCGGUUCGGACAAACAGAAUGGACCCGUUCAGACAGGGACAUGUCGAGUUAUAUAUUGACUUAAACUGCUGCAUUAUAAUCUUGGACGGUAGAAGAAGUCACAGACUCUAAGUGAUGGGGUCUUAUCCAGCUGUGGCGUUCGUCCUGCUGUUUUCAGCAACUCUGUCCAUUACUUGUGAUGGUGGAAAGAUCCUUGUCUACCCUAUAGAUGGGAGCCAUUGGCUUAACAUGAAAAUCCUGGUGGAGGUGCUUCAUUCUCAGGGCCAUCAAAUAACCGUGCUACGUUCCUCCACCAGCUGGUAUGUUUCCGAAUUCUCACCCCAUUACACCUCCAUCACCAUCGCCCAGGAACAGUCCCAAAACAUUGAGAGCCAAGACUUCAUGACCUCUUUCUUAAGGAGGUCAAUAGAGAUCCGGCGGAAUAAAGGCUCACUCUGGGCUUUUGUGGAGUUUUAUAGGAAUAUUUUCAACAUGAUUGAGGAAAACAACAAAGUUGUGGCAAAACUGGUCAUCAGCAUCUUUGAGAAUAAGACACUAACUAAGGAGCUGAAGGAAACUGGAUUUGACCUUUGCCUUACUGACCCUGUAUUUCCAGGUGGAGUCCUGUUGGCACAUUAUUUCAACCUUCCCAUGGUUUUCAAUGUUCGCUGGCUCUUCAAUGGAGAGGGGCACUUUGCCAUCGCUCCUUCUCCUCUGUCCUACGUCCCACAAACAUUCACUGAUUACUCUGAUAAGAUGGACUUUUUCCAAAGAAUCGAAAAUGUAAUUCGUCAUGUCAUAUUAAUUUACAUGUACCAUUAUGUCUCAAACCCACCUUACCAGGCUGUGUGUGAUCAUUAUUUUGGACCUGAUGUCAACGUCAUGUCUCUGAUGCAGGGAGCUGAUCUCUGGCUAAUGCGGAUUGACUUUACAGUUGAGUUCCCUCGUCCCACCAUGCCCAAUGUCGUCUACAUUGGAGGGUUCCAAGGCAAGCCGCCCAAUCCUCUUCCAUCAGAUUUAGAGGAAUUUAUGCAAAGUUCUGGUGAACAUGGGGUGAUCAUCAUGACUCUGGGGACCCUGCUGAGUGACCUCGGCCCUGAGCCAUCGGAGAUCAUCGCUACAGCAUUUGCCAGCCUCCCUCAGAAGGUCGUGUGGAGACAUAUCGGGAAAAGACCCAACACUCUGGGAAACAACACCAAGCUGGUUGAGUGGAUGCCUCAAAACGAUAUACUAGGUCACCCAAAAACCAAAGUGUUUAUCAUGCACGGGGGUACCAAUGGAAUUUAUGAGGCCAUCUACCAUGGUGUACCAGUUCUUGGCAUUCCUCUCAUCUUUGACCAGUACGAUAACAUGAUACGUCUGAAGGCCCGUGGGGUGGCUGAGAUUGUUGAAGUGACAACCUUGGAUGGCGAGUCCCUGACAAGCGCUCUGAAGAAUAUUCUAGACCCAGAAAAGCCAUACAGACAGAAUAUGCUCAAGCUGUCACAGCUUCAUCGUGACAAACCAAUAAAACCAAUAGACAGUGCCAUUUUCUGGAUCGAGUAUGUCAUGAGGCACAAGGGUGCAGCACAUCUACGCACCGAGUCAUUUAAGUUGCCAUGGUAUGCCUAUCACUGUCUAGAUGUGAUGGCAGUCUUUGUAGCAUUUGGUUUGUUGAUCAUCGCAUUCAUUUGGAUUUCCUGUAGAACUCUCAUCAGAUGUUUGAUAGGAAGGAAGAAGUCUACAUACAAGUCCAAGAAGGAAUAGACGAACUCACGAUAAAACAAGGAGGAGUGUUGAUUUGAGUGACAUGAAAUGGAUCAGUAAUUUACCGUGGAUGUUACACAAACUAUGUUAAUGUCACAUUGUUGGUCAUUCUCAUCCCAUCUGUUUAAAAUCAUCAGAUUAAUAACACUGUUCUUUCUCCUGAACUGUUUUUUCUUUCCAAAGGAUCUUUGCAGAUUUCACAUGUGGUGA